CUUUGUGCUCGUGCUCCCCAUUGCUGCAACUAAGAAAUGAUUAGCUUGGACUCAGCCAAAAUACAACUAAGAAAUGAUUAGCUUGGAAUGAGCCAAAAUACAUACUUACCGAUACUCCUGACCCUGGUUCAUGGAACAAAGUGGUAGGACCUGUUGUUGAUGUGUAGUCAGUUGCAAGUUGAGCAUAGUGCCUGUAGAGGUGCUGAGAAAAGGCACAUCUCCUGGUGUGCUGGGGCAUGGUUUAAGGAUUCCGGUGGAAAAGUGGGAGAUUUCCCAACUUGCUCAUGUCUCCUUGAAUUGUCUUAACACCCAUUGCUAUGCAGCGGUGGUUGCCAGCUUAUUUUACCAUUAUCACUACAUAAAUAUUUUCCAUUUGUGCUGUGCAUUCAUAAUCGAUUGAGGUUCUCAUCCUCCGUGCCCUGUUCAUAACACGGAGAAAUCAUAUAUGCUUGCCAGCUUGUUUUUCUGUUGUGGUUUGUGGCAAUGGUGGAUGACACUCAUUUGCGAGGUCUGGUCGUGCUGCAAAUGAUGGUAGAGUUUUAACAGUGCGUCUGCAAGACUGCAAGUAGCUAGGAAGAUGGCACCAGCGAGAUAGAUUUGUGCUACGACUUCCCUUUAUGGUUGGAGUCAUGUAGAAUGGACUUUGGGUUGGCAUUCUGCAGUUUCUCUGGCUACUGUUUGAUUGAGCAUGUGGCUCAGAUGACCUUGUUAGUGCCAUCAACAAUGUAAUGCUUUUACCAUGGACGGCUUCCCUGCCGUCAUGGGAAAUCUCGAGUUGAUGUCUCGUGUCAUCGUGAAUCCGAUUUGAGGCGAGAGUUGACUUGCUUGGCCGGCGGGUAUAAAUACAUGGCCGCUGACACACACGUCAGUCAUUCAUCGCUCGCUCUUACGCACACACAUACACACGCGCGCGCACUAGGCGAUGUAUCAUCAUCACUCCUCCUCUUCUUCUUCCUAUACUUGUCAGGGAAGCAAUGGCUUCCUCCCCUCCCAACCGUCAGCGUCGAGCUACGGUGAUCUGUUGCAAGCAGAGCAGCACUGCUACUACUACUCCCAUCAGCAGGGUCAGGCGCCGCCGUUCCGCCAUGUGCUGAGCACGGGAGACCUCGGGGCGCCAACGCCGGCGCCGGCAGCAGCAGCGGCUGGGAGGUACACCACGGAGGAGCGGCGGGAGCGCAUCGAAAAGUACAGGAGCAAGCGCAACCAGCGCAACUUCCAAAAGAAGAUCACAUACGCUUGCCGGAAGACCCUCGCGGACAGCCGGCCGAGGGUGAAGGGCCGCUUCGCGCGCAACGUCGACGACGACGCAGUCGCAGAUCAGCCGGAGUUCACAGCGGCGGAGGUGUCCUCGAUGAUGAGCGAAGCCAAUGUUGUCGUGGGUGCCACGGACGCCGCCGCCAGCAGCAGCAGCAGCAGCAUGCCGGAGUGGUGGCCGGCAAUGCAAGGCGCGCUGGCCAUGGAGGACGAUGAGCUUUACAUCGCCGUCUCCUCCAUCAACCUCUACUAGCUAAGCUUGCUAGAGGCGGACCGGACCACCUCCAACCGUGCUCGUUGCACUUGUUUUGUGUCCCAUAUCCUGUUGCAUCAACUAAAACUACGACGCCCUAGUUCGUAAUGUUUAGAGGCGGACCGGACACCUUCUUCUUCUUCUUUAUUAGUUGGAGUGCCUCAUGCAUCCUCUGCAACUAAAUGUAGUACGCACGUACUAGUAAUUUUUACGGAGUGUUCUUUUC